AUGAAACCACAACGUUUUUUGCCCAUUUACGCGACCGGUGUGAUAGGAAAGAGCUCUCUCGGUUAUAUGGUUGAUUAUGGCCGCUGUCACUGGGAGAAUUUUCUGGGGAACUUCGAAAACUCGUUCUGCGAUGCUAGUUUCGAGGGGCCAGACGAACUGAGUACCAUCGAGUCGAAGCACACCCAUUUACUACAUCCGGUAGCGACACCCGUCUUCCCAUCUGUAGAAAAAGCGAUCACAAAAUCCGCUGAGCAAGCUGUAGGGACGUUCAAAAAUGAUGCAGACCAUCCGACAUCGCCGCUGCUUGUAGAGAAGAAGGAAAAGAUUAGGAGCGAGAAGCUGCAGGCUCAAGAUCUAUGGCCUAUAGCAACAACUUGUGUUUCAAGCCACAACAACACAGAAGAGUUUUGCAUCUAUGCAAACCCUGGAUUCGCUGGUGGCAGAGGCAUAACCAUUCUGACCACGCCAUCAGAAGCGCUCAAGCUCGCAAAGAGCCCAGCCUUUGAACAAAAGGAUUUGUACAAGACCGUCAAAAACUUCAACGCACCCGAAAGUGACAAGUGGCACGUGGAGAAUGUGCCUAACAAGGGUAUGGGACUUGUCGCAAGUCAUAAUCUGCCACUAGGUGACCACAUAAUGAGCGUCUCGGCAGCCAUCAUGACCGAUUUCAGUAUGUGGGACCACGUCUCUGAAGAACAAGUGCGCAGCAUGCAAGCGGAGGCCAUCAGUCAUUUACCGAAACACCACGAGAAGAUAUUCAUGAAUCUUUCGACCCACGAUGCCGUCCAGAGCCGCGAAGAACAGGUCUAUAAGAUCAUCCUCACCAACGCUUUUGACAUCUCUGACAUUGAGGUCAUUAAUCGGCCGUCGGGCGAGCAGGCGGUUAACUUUUUCACCGUUUUCCCUGAGGUUUCUCGGAUGAACCACGAUUGUCGACCUAAUGCCCACUACUACUGGGACCCCGAUACUUUCACCCAGAACGUUUGGGCCACUCGGCCUAUUACAGCUGGCGAGGAGAUUACUAUCACUUAUGUCGACAUGCUUCUCCCCAGGGACGAACGUGUUACGCGACUGGAUCAUACCUGGCACUUUCCCUGCGCGUGCACACAAUGUACACAAAUGGACCGUAUUGUGGAAGCAUCAGACGCGCGAAUCGCACAAAUCACCGAUCUGCAACGGCACUUCAAUGAUUACUCCGAGGAAUCGUAUGCUUCACCAGAAAUGGCCGAGACGCUAAUAUCGUUAUACGAGCAAGAGCGCCUGUACUCGAGAAUGUACGAGGUUUACACAUACGCUGCUGUCGAGUAUAAUGCUGUCGGCAGGCCCUGGGAAGCUAUCAAGUAUGCCAGACUCGCUAUUGGACACGGCUUCGUAGCAAGAGGUGCCAAGAAUGAGGAUCCAUUUGACUUGGAAGUUUUGGCUCAGGAUCCUUGGGAGCAUUGGUCUUUCAUGAUAAGGCGGAAGGAAGCGAACGGAAAGCCCACUGGCGGCCAUAUCACAACCAGUGGUUGA